AUGGCAGGGUAUGGUUGGGACGAGUAUGAUAUCCGAAAGGGCGGCCGGCAAACGAUCCACGACGCAGGAAACACGCUUGACCUCACUAUCGAUUUUAUAAAGGUACCAGGUGGGGGCCAUGGAGGGAGCUGGGGGCUUCGGAUCAAGGGCCAACCGCGUCCGGACGCUCCGCCUAAUCAACCUACUACUGUGGUAUUCUAUGCCGCGAUGGAGGGGUUGGGGGAGCUGGGAGUUGCAAAUGAAGACGAUCCGCUUGGAUUCAAAGGCGAUGUGAAACUCUCUGGAAGUACGGCGGAUUUGGGGGAUUUUACGAUUGAUAUUACCAGAGGCCCCGAUACCAAUCAGUAUCCGCCAAAAACGCACCCCAGCUAUGACGAGAAACCGCAGGAUAGAACUUUUGUUGCAAGUUUACAACUUCAACCAGAAGUACUAUGGCAAGCAAAAAGCAUCCUUUUUGCCCAUCUGAAGCAGGAAAUCGACCCUCUGGUCCAAAAAUACGGCACAGAGAAUCCUCCGCCUCCAAGCCGACUCUUCACCAUUGCCAAUAAACCAGCACAAGGAAAUUUCCAUGCAAUUCAGAAAGUUUUCCAGGGCCCCUUUGAGUUCGACGUCCUAUUCUCCUCGGGAUCUGCCAGCCAGCCAUUGACUUCCGAUGUCCUCAGUAAGGGGAUCAAGGAUUCUUCUCAAGCAUUUGCAGAGCGAUUCAAGGAGAUCUAUUCACCCGUGAAACCUUUUGACUCGCCCGAGUACUUGCCUUUUUCACAAGCUAUGCUCUCCAACUUGGUCGGGGGUGUUGGAUAUUUCUACGGGGACUCUAUUGUUGACCGCUCAGAUGCCCCAGAAUACGAGGAGGAGAACGAAGGUUUCUGGGAGGAAACCGCCGAAGCAAGAGCGCGAGCGCUACCUGUACCCGGAAAUCCUGCAGAACUAUUUACGAGCAUUCCAUCACGUCCCUUCUUCCCUCGUGGAUUCCUUUGGGAUGAGGGAUUUCACUUGAUUCCGGUUGCUGAUUGGGAUCUUGAUCUGAGCCUGCAAAUCGUCAAAAGUUGGUUCAAUCUUAUGGAUGACGAUGGCUGGAUUGCGCGUGAACAGAUUCUAGGACCUGAAGCUCGUAGCAAGGUUCCGCCUGAAUUUCAGACCCAAUAUCCUCAUUAUGCUAACCCACCCACAUUGUUCAUGAUUCUUGAUGGCCUUGUGAACAAAAUAGAAGCCAGCAUGGCCAGACCCGAUUCAGAUGACAUUUCUGCAAUGUGUCCGAAGGACCUGGAGGCCGCGAAGUCAUACCUACGCGCUCUAUAUCCUUUGUUGCAGCGUCAGUACUCUUGGUUCAAGAGAACGCAGUGGGGCGAUGUCAAAACAUAUGACAGAGAGGCAUAUUCCAGUAAAGAGGCGUAUCGUUGGAGAGGCCGUACCGUUGAGCAUAUUCUCACUUCAGGACUUGAUGACUACCCACGUGCCCAGCCACCCCAUCCGGGAGAGCUCCAUGUGGACUUGAUAAGUUGGAUGGGUUUGAUGACUAGAUCUUUGCGACGCAUUGCAGGAGUUUUGGAAGAGAAGAGCGACAUGGAAACGUUGGCCAAGAACGAGAAUGCUAUCAAAAAGAACAUCGACGAUCUGCAUUGGGAUGAGACUCAAAAGACGUACUGCGACGCCACGAUUGACGAGUUCGAAGAGGAUGUGCAUGUAUGCCACAAGGGGUACAUUUCACUGUUCCCCUUCAUGACAGGAAUGAUGGACCCGGACAGCCCCCACCUUGGCCAUAUUCUUGACCUUAUCAGCGACCCAGAGGAGCUGUGGAGCGACUAUGGUAUACGAAGUUUGAGCAAGAAGGAUAAACUCUAUGGGACUGGUGAGAAUUAUUGGAAGAGCCCGAUUUGGAUCAAUAUGAACUAUUUGAUCCUCAAGAAUCUCCUUGACCUUGCAAAUGGCUCUGGGCCCUAUAAAAAACAAGCCGGUGAAAUUUACGGCAAACUACGCAAGAAUGUUGUGGAUAACGUAUUCAACGAGUGGAAACGAACUGGUUUCGCUUGGGAGCAAUACAACCCAGAGACGGGCCAUGGCCAGCGAACACAGCAUUUCACAGGAUGGACCAGUUUGGUCGUGAAAAUGAUGGUCAUGCCAGACCUCUCCGCGGCAUCCACUGGAAGCCUCCGUGAUGAAUUGUAA